AUGCCCUCUCCUGCGGCAGGCAGAUCCACAAAUGUCCCCGAGACACCCACAAAGACCGGCAAGAGUCCUGCUUCAUCAUCUACUUCCAAGCUUACUGGUGAAGGCACACCCGGGCGGAAACCACCCAAGCUAGGCACAUCGAGGGCCACGCCAAAGAAACCGACAGGCUCGGGGUCGCCAAGCCUUCCCUCUCAGCCAAAGCCUACCGAGGAGACCCUUAAGGCCGGGGAAGAAAAGCCCGAGGAUGUCGAGGAGGAAGCCCAAGAAGCAAUCAGCAUGAAAGACACUGAAGAGCCUGGCGGCAAAGUUAGUCAACCCGGUGAUGACACUGGUGCCGAAACUAGUGAGCUCUCCGAAGCCAACCCCGAGCCCAUCCCUGAAAACGACGAGGAGGGAGAGGAGGGAGAAGGAGGAGGAGAAACAGUGCGUGGCGGCAGAGAUGCUGCCAAAGAUGAAGGCACUGAAGAAGGCGAUGAAGGAGAAGAGGAGGAGGUCACGGAAGGAGGCGAUGCUGCCGAAGAGGCCGAGGACGAAGCUGAAGGCAAAGGAAAGGGUGCCCUUGGCGGACUCGGAAAGGCUGUCAGUGGUGCUGGCAAGAAAGUUGCAGGCCGUGUUGGUGGUGCCAAAGACACUGCUAAUGGCGCGGCCGGCAAGGUCUCACAAGGUGAUGUGCAGGGCGCUGCAGAAGAUACUACUGGCGGUGUCAAAGACGCAGCUGAAGAGACAGUGGAGGGGCCAGAGGAGACCGCUGGGGAGGCCGCCGAGGAAGCGCCGAAGGGUGCUGGCGACGUGCCUGAUGUCAAAGAGACCACGAAUGGAGUCAAAGGUCACGCCGAGAAGGUGGCAGACGACGUUCAGGAGACCGCAGAAGGUGCUACUGAGGGACUGCCUGUUGACCUGUCCGUCUUGAAGGGUCUCAAGGUCAGCGAGAACGGAGACAUCAAGGACCAGGCCGGCAGUGUGAUCGGUAGACUUGACGAGGGUGAUCCAGCCGAUCUCGAAGGUUAUGAGAUUGGCGAUGAUGGUGAAAUCCUCGAUGAAGACGGUGAUGUCGUCGGUCGUGCAAGUGUCAUCCCGGAAAAAGCUCAAGAGCUCGCCGGCCAGGUUACUGAGGAGGCCGAUGUCGAAGGCAAAGUCAACGGCGUCCAUGAAGCUGCAGAGGGUGCCGGGGAGCAAGCAGAGGAGGCUGUCAACGGUGUCAAGGACACCGUAGAAGAAGCUGUGGAGACAUAUCUUCCUGACCUAAACGUCCUCGACGGUUUGGAAGUCCAAGAGAAUGGAGACCUUCUCGACAAAGAAGGCAACGUCCUCGGCCGAAUCAUCGAAGGCGAUCCCGCAGACUUGGUUGGCAUGACAGUGAAUGCCGACGGUGAAGUUCUCGAUGAGGAUGGCGAUGCGGUAGGCCGCGCGGAGACUCUUCCUCAGCCAGUCAAGCAUGCCGUCGAAGAAGCUGCCGGCGAACUUCCUGGUCUGGAAGCACUUGAAGGUUUGGAGGUACAAGAAGAUGGCGCGAUCAAGGAUCAAUCUGGCAAGAUCUUGGGCAAGAUCACCGAAGGAGAACCGGCCGAUUUAGUCGGAAGAACUCUGAAUGCCGAGGGAGAAGUUCUGGACGAAGACGGAGAUGUCAUAGGCCGUGCAGAAAUCGUUCCUGAAGCUGGCGAAGCCCUGCAAGAAAAGGUCAAUGAUGUCCACGAGGAAGCCAAACCAGAAGCUGUCCAAGAGGCCAUUGGCAAAGUUGAAGAGCUGCAAGACCAAUUGAAGCCCGACCUCACGAUCGUGGAAGGCCGCAAGCUUAACAAGAAAGGCACUAUCCUCGACGACGAGGGCGAAGUGUUGGCCCAGCUUGUGGAAGGCGAUCUAAAGGCUUGCGCCGGCAAAGUGCCUAACGAGGAUGGCGAGAUUGUCGAUAAAAAUGGCAAGGUAAUUGGUCGCGUCGAGGUCGUCCAGGGCGAGGCUGCUGAAGAAGCCAUGAAAGAACUCCACCCCGAGCUAGUUGAAGAACUCCAAGAGGCACAGCAGGCUGCGGAAGAGGCUGAGAAGCAGGCAGAGGAAGCCGGCAAGGCCGCAGACGUUGCAGAAGGUGCUGCCGACACUGCCGAAGGAGCAGCAGGAGAAGCUCAAGAAGCGGCUGAAAAGGCCGCCAAGCCAGAUUUCUCUCAACUCGAGGGUCUCAAGGUCAACAAGAAGGGCGAAGUCGUCAAUGAGGAUGGUGAUCCCAUCGCUAAACUAUCCGAAGGAUAUGACCUUGAUGCGGUCCGUGGCAAGAAGAUCAAUGAAAACGGAGAAAUUCUAGACAAGGAUAGGAACGUGAUUGGAAAGGUUGAAUUCAUCCCUGAAGCUGUCGAAGAGGGUAUUGUCGAGACGGUCGCAGAAGCCGCUGAAGGCGUUCCGGAUACUUCUAUCCUCGAAGGCCUCAAGGUCAACAAGAAGGGUCUGGUGCUCAACGAGGACGGUGACGAGAUUGCGAAACUUGUCGAGGGUGACCUUGCCGCCGUUGCUGGCAAAAAGCUAAACGACAAAGGAGAGGUUUUGGACAAGAAUGGUAAUGUCAUCGGCAAAGUUGAGAUGAUUGUUCAGGAAGCCGACGAGGCAGUCGAAGAGGCAGGCGACGAGAUCGAUGAGGGCUUACCUCCUCUAUCCAUACUCGAAGGCCUCAAGGUCAACAAGUCGGGCAAGAUCAUUGACAGCCACGGCAACAUUGUUGGCCAACUGGUUGAGGGCGACGCCAAGAAAAUCUGGAAGGCCGGUGUCACCUGCGAUGACCAAGGACAAUUCUGGGACAACAAAGGCCAUGUUAUUGGUCGUGCAAAGACUCUGCCUCAGGAGGAUAAGGAGGAAGAAGCAGAGUUUGCAGGUCUUGAAGGCCUCGUUGUUGUGGCUGAUGGUUGGGUCGAAGACGAGAACGGCAACAGAGUCGGCCGCAUCGUUGAAGGUGACGCGAAGAAACUCGUCGGCCGUGCAGUUGACGAAGAUGGUGACGUCAUCGAUAAACGAGGCAACGUUGUCGGCCACGCUGAGAGAUAUGAGGAACCUGAACCGGAGCCAGAGCCAGAAGAGAAAGUCGAUCUCUCCGAAUUGAAGGGCUUGGCAUGUAACAAGCAAGGUAACGUCAUUGGACCUGAUGGCGUCCCCAUCGGUCGCCUGGUUGAAGGAAACCCUAAAGAGCUUGCCGGCCGCAAGAUCGACGAGAACGGCCAGAUCUGGAAUGAUCAAGGUCAGGUCGUCGGACGCUGCGAACUCAUUCCAUUUAAUGAGCGGGAGGCUAAACCUGAAGGACCCUUUGCCGGUCUUGAGGGUCUGAUUGUUGUCAAAGAUGGUUUCGUUGAGGAUCACGAAGGCAACGUUGUCGGCAAGGUGGUUGAGGGAGAUUGGAAGAAACUCCUUGGUCGUGGAGUUGACGAAGAUGGUGAUAUUAUUGACAAAUACGGCAAUGUCAAGGGUCAUGUCGAGCCAUAUGAAGUUCCCGACGAAGAAGUCGUCGAGGAAGACCUCUCUAGCCUCGCUGGCAAGACUGUCAACAAGCAAGGCAAGAUCGUGGACGAACAUGGAACCAUCUUUGGUGAAGUAGCAGAGGGUGAUGUCAAGCGUCUUGUUGGAUGCAAGGCGGACGGGAAAGGGCAAAUCUGGUCCAACGACGGUAGAGUUAUUGGCCGUGCAAGGCUGAUUGCCGGCGGUGAUGAUGGUCGUGCUGAAGGGCCCUUUUCCAAUUUCGAAUCCACAACCAUCGACAAAGACGGCUUGGUCAAGGACGCCAGCGGAGAGAUCAUUGGGCGCGUCACCGAAGGCGAUAUUAAGAAAUUGGUGGGUCGCCACGUGGAUGAUGACGGUGAUAUUGUCGACAAGAACGGUAAUGUCAUUGGCCAUGCUGAACGAUGGGAACCAGAGAAGAAGGAACGAGAAGUCUCACCUAUGUCCGGCCUACGCGUGAACAAGGAGGGUGAAGUUCGCGACCGCAACGGAGAUGUUAUUGGACGAUUGACAGAAGGCAAUUUGCUCGCUUGCAUUGGCAAGGAGGUCAACGACAAUGGCUAUGUUGUGGAUCAAGACGGCAACAAGAUUGGAGAAUGUACAUUGCUUGAGAACAUUCCAGAGCCCGAGGAAGUUGAGGAGGGACCGACGCCCGAGCAAAUGAAAGAGGAAGAGGAGCGUGAAGUCGCCAAGAAGAUCUCCAAUAUCAUCAAUCAGACACUGGAGAAGAUGGAACCUAUAUGCAAGCAGAUCACAGAGCUUGUUGAAAGAGCGGACCGCACGCCCAAGGACGAAUUGGACGAGGAAAAGCUCGUGCAAGAUGUCAAGCCGCUUAUUGAAGAAGGGUCUCGCAUCCUAGGCGAAUGCAAUGGUGCAAUCCGCGGCCUCGAUCCCGACGGCCAUAUCGCCGCCAAUGCGAAAGCAAAGGCAGCUAGCGGCGAGGCUUCGCCAGAAGAAUAUCGCGUCGCUGAAGGACUGAAGGAACUUACCACUCAGGUUGUCAAAACUAUCGACAAUGCCAAGAAGAGAAUUGCGGACAUGCCUCAUGCGAAGAAGAAGCUGAAUCCACUGUGGGCGCUGUUGACCGAGCCCUUGUUCCAGAUCAUUGCCGCCGUCGGUUUGUUGCUGAGUGGCGUGCUCGGGUUGGUGGGCAAGUUGCUUAAUGGCUUAGGCUUGGGCGGCUUGGUGAGUGGUCUUCUUGGAGGUCUGGGCGUUGACAAGCUGCUGGGUGGUCUGGGUCUAGGAAGUCUGGCAGAAGCCAUGGGGCUUGGUAGCGGUAAGAAGAAGAAAUAG